GCUGCUUCCCAUGCUACAGGGCGGCAGGGCAGUGCCCUCAUGUUGCCUCCCCCCCCCCACGCCGGCGUGGGGGGGGGCAGAGGGACCGGCCGCAGGACACCUCCCAGCUCCAUCCCUCCGCCUUGGGCGGACUGGGCCCUGUCUGGGGCAGACGAGCUCUGUGCCUGAUCUAUGCCUGAGAGCCUCUCUCUUGUCCCCCAAGGUGCCCCCAGCACAGAGUGUGGAAGCCCCCGGGGCAGGCAGCAGCGAGUCGCGAGCCGCGGGCAGCCACCAGCAGGGGCCAGAGAGGCAGCUGGCCAUCUCCUACGACUACGCCGAGGAGGAGCUGAUGGCCAGCAUCGAGCGGGAGUACUGCCCCGAGGCCAGUGGCGUGGCAGCGGAGGCCCUCCCGCCACCCACCAGGCUGGGGGACUGCACCCCCGCUCCUGCCCCGCACCCCAUGCAGAGCUGAGUCACCGCCAACGGUGACUCCUGGGUCUUUCAAAGCCGUCUUCUCUAGCCCACACGUGGGCAGCCUUGACGGGGGCGGGCUGCGGCCUUGCCCCUCCUGGAGAGCCAGGCAGGGCAGCGGCGUCCCAGGCGCCUGAGGCCUGUCUGCAGGGACCUUGGUGAAGCGCGUGCCUGACCUCCGGGAAGCCCUUACUCCACCUGACCACAGAAGGCUUCGCAGCUGAGUAUGGCCCUGACCAGUCGCCUCGGGGCCUCUGACGCAUCCCCCGGUGCUGCCGGACGCUUCUGUCACCAAGAGUGAGCGCAGAUGUACUCCCCAGAGGCGGAGGGGGGCCCCACAGUUCUGCACAGGAAGCCCUGGGAGACAGGCGCUCUGAGAUACCGAUACAGGUCUGACUGGGUAGGUCGGGGCCGGGCCUGGAGCCCGCAUUUCCCACCAGCCCCUGGGCAGUCACAGGCGAGGACCACGGCCGAGGCUGAGCGUCUGCCCCGUCCUGCCAGCUGCCGGAGGCUGCAUGCAGCCUGCGUGCUGUAGGCGGGGGCCUGGGCUGGGCUCCUGAGACCUGCUUUGGACUCACGGUCCUUCUCUGCCCCUCCCGAGUCAGCCCAGAGGCGCUGAUCUGUGGUCAUAUCCCAGGCUUUGAGCAACCUGGUGCGUGCCUCCCCCCCCACCCCCAGAACUGCCUCCCCCACUGAGGACGAACCUCCAAGGGGGUCUGCUGAGGGGGCGGCCGGUCUGUGGUUAGAGCUGACAAAUACCCAGUAGGGCCUUUUACCCUCCGCCCCACCGCAGGAAGGGGGCACACUGCCACCAGGGGAGGCGCCUGACAGGCGGGAGAGCCCACUGGCAAGGAAGGCCGUGCCACGGGCUCCUGUGGGCGAGCUUAGCCAGGCCCAGGAGGCCGGGCCAGGCCAGGAGGCCAGGUAGCCAGGAGGCCAGGAGGCCAGGAGGCCAGGAGGCCAGGAGGCCAGGAGGCCAGGAGGCCAGGAGGCAGGCCUUCUGGCUCAGGCAUGGGAAAGUGACCUCGGUGCUCCCAGGCCAGUCAGUCUCUGCUUGUCUCACACUCUCUCACGGACACAGCGCCCACCCCUCCCCCAGGAGAGCAGCCGCUGUCUGCUGCAGGACAUGACACCCUGGUGACGCACGGGGGUGGCGGUGGGGGCGGCGCUCGGCCUGCCAGGCCACAGGCCGCUGCCAUCACGGCAAGCGGGCGCUUCCCUAAGCCUCAUUGCUCGACCACAGUGCCUCUGUGCAGACGCCCAGGAGCCGGGGAACUUGUACUGACGUCAGCGGAUGGACUCAGGGAGCCGCUCAGACUCCCGGGGGGAUGGCUCAGAACCUCCAGAGGUGGGCAGGGCCAUUUCCCGCCCAGCCCAAGCCACUGCUCUCGCGGGAAAGAAAGAGCAUCCCUUGCGGGCUGCCGCAGCACCGGGCUCUGUGAGGGAGGCUGUGCUUCCGCCGCGGACUUGGCUUGCAUUGACCACGCGGCUCGUGCGCGAUUCACAUCGCUGUUUUACCAGAGUGGAGCAUGCUUGGCUGCUUUCCCAGAGAAGUCCUUAACAAAGCUGCUAAUGAGAUACAAGUGUUAAAAGGAUAGAGCUGUCCCUUGCGUAGAUGGGUUGGUGUUCAUGUCAAGAUUAAAGAAGAGGCAUCGA